AAAGUUACAAUAUGGUAUCACACUCGUCGUACAUUGAAAUGUGUAAUGAAACACAUAUAUUAUUAUUUUUUUACUAAAGGUAAUAUUAAUCCCCUAGUUAGUGAUAAUCGUAUUACAAAUAAAUUUUAUUUAAUUUUCAAAAUAGCAGUCUUAUGAUUUACAAAUUAAUUAUUGUUUCUUUUAUUAUUUUUUAUUAUGUCGUUUAAUUCUUUCAUUUUAUUGAUGCAUAAUUUAAUGUGAUAAUUUCAUCAUCAUUUGUCUUAAUUUGACAUACUCUCAUUGUUCUUUUUAAUAUGUAUUUAUAAAGUAUAAUAUUGGCAAAAUUCACUUAUUAUACAAAAUAAGUAAAACCUUACAGAGAGCUUAUGUUAGUGAUUCGGGCCCAAAUGUACACAUUUUACCCCUCAUUUCUUAUUCGUUUAGCUUAGAAUUUCAUCGUUCCGCGACAUAUUUCACGCUAGGUUGUACUUGUUUAGAUACAUUUCAGGUCCUAGCACGUUUGGAAGGGUCGAUGACGAUUUUUGGGAUAUUUGGAGGUCAAAAAGCCCAAAAACCGAAGAAAAGUCGACCGUGACAAUUGCCUCGUAACAGUGAAGUGAAGGCGUCCCAGGAAACAGCCGCAAUUCACGGCCGGACGAGGCAGUUCACGGUCUCCUAAGACCGUGAACUUCGACCACAAACCGUGAAUACCGAGACGUCCAGUGAGGUUCCUGAAGUUACUAACGACAAGGCAGUUCACGGUCUCUAAGACCGUGAACUGUGGCCAUUGACCGUGAACCCAAGACAGUUAAGCGGUGCGUUUUGGACGACGCUGAUUUCACGAAUGCGUUUAGGUGUUCACGGCCGUGAACUGGCCAACGCGUCCGUGAAUUGGUCACUUUCGGGCAAAUAUGAAGACAUCAGUGGGGAGAGAGAAAUGGGAGCGGGUUUUUGGAGAAGAAACACUUUCUUUCUCUAGGGUUUCAACCUAAAUACCAAAGGGGAGUUCUAGUGUGUGAGAGAGAGAGAGAGAGAGAGAGUGCUAGAGUGAUCUUGGAGCAUCAUUCGAGGCUUGGGUGGAAGAUUCAAGCCUAGAAGAAGAAGAAGAAGAAGAAGAAGAUCUUGAGCUCAAAUUUGUAAUCUCUCUCUCUCUCUCUAGAAACUCACUCUUUUCUCUUGGGUGUUGUAGAUCCCUAACUAAUAUUUUGUAAUUACUUGUUUAGAUUGAAUGAUUGUCAUUGGACAUUGUUUAAUUCAAUGAUUGAGGUAUUAUUCAUGUUGAUUGUGCAUGCUUGUGCUUAGAAAUCUAAGGGUUGUGCAUGUUUUGUGCUUAGCAUCCUUAGAUUUGUGCAUGUUGGUGCUAGCAAUCUAAUUAGCCACCUUAACCUAACUUAGAGAGGAAAAUCCCCCUCCCAAGGGAGACUCAAUCGAGUUGGUUUUCCUUCAGCUUUUUAAGCCACCUAACUAGGUUAAUUUAGGGCAACCCUCAAUGUUGAAUUAAGCAAAUCGGUUAAGCGAUUGAAGUAGGGGUACAUGGAUCGGCUCGAGUCGAUAUUUAAAUACUUUCUCUAUACUGCACCCGGCUAGUGUUUAAAAACUUGGACUCUAGUUGGGAUUAAUUUGUGGUGUAUUUUGAUGCGAGUCAAUUUGGUUGCUUGAAAUAACUAAAACAUGUAGUCAAGGUAACAAUUUGUGAUGAUAUUCACUAAGAAUGCAUAAAAUCAUAAAACGCCCGGAAGGAACAAAACUAUUUAUUGAUGAUGAAUUACCUAAUUAAAAAGAUAUUCACAUAAAGGAAUAUAAUAUUAAGAAAAUAGUGAAACUAAUAUUUGCAUCUCAAAUAUGUAUUACAUGGAUAUCAUUACACAUGAAAGUGUGAACUAGAAGUUUACAAGAAUUGAUAACUUAGUAGUUUGACAGGUCAAAUUACCAUUUUCAGAUCGAGAUGUGAAAAUCAUUGAGAAUUCAUGUGAACAUAAAGAAUCCUCAACUGAAAGAUUUAUUAUGAGUAGCUUGUUCCCAAAGAAAAGUUACUAUUUUACUAUCACUUGGUGAAGUAAGAGUGGAUCAUGUAUAGUUUAUGGGACUUCUAUGCGAAAAAAUACAACCAUCAUGUGGACCAUUUAGUAAUUUUAUGAUUUAAAUCAUACAUAAACUCUAUGGUCACACUUUUCAUACCGCAACCCAGUGUUUACGAGAUUUGUUUUCUAAUAGUGGAUACAUUUUGAUGGUUAUCCAAUCAAACAUCAAUUUGCUUAUGAAAAUAAAUUGAGCUUUCUCCUCCUUUUUACAAAUGAUUUUGGUCAUAAACCUAACAUUUCCAUAUGAGAAUAUUUUGGUGUUAUCUAAUUUUGACCAUCAAACUAGGAAACAUGAACUGAAGUUCAAAUGAUAAAUUCUCAUUACCAACUGUGAGGAGCCUUUACUAACCAUAAAAGUGACCAAGUGAUAAAACCCAAAAUGAUGUUAUUUAGCCUCUAUAUUUAGGCAUUUUCAGGUCAUUCAUGGUCUCAAUGGUUGAUAAAUCAUCAAAUGCAUCUCAAAUUUGUUCCUCGCAUUAUUUCAUAUAAUUUUAAGGUGUAUUAGAUGGUACUUGCGUUUUAUGCACAAGAAUGGGUCAUAAGUGUAGGAAAAGGAACAAAAAGAUCACUACCGGGAAGAGAAGCCGCAAAGUCAAGCAAAAGAUCGCGGCCUUUGGAGCAAAGAUUGCGUCCGCGAUCUGGGAGGUGCCAGCCGUGAACUUGAGGAAGCAGCAGCAAGGAAUGGAAAGAAGGAUUCGAUAGUCGACUCACAGCUUCAGUUGUCCAAGACCUCGAGAACGAUCGUGGCCGUGACUUACGGAUCGCAACCGUGAAGUCAGGCAGAGAACUCCCGAGCCAUCAAGUGCAAAAACGCUACAUUUGAAGAUCGCGGUCUCACUCCCGAAGUGCACGCCUGCGAUCUCUCAACCCUCAACCGCGAACUUGUCCAUCUUUGUGAAGUAUAUUAAUAGGGAACCUUUCUCCUUUGCAAAAUUAGCGAAAAAACUUGGAUAAAUUUAUGAUUUUAGAGAGAUAUUAGAGAGAGAAGUUGAAGGAAGGAGGAGCAAAGAAGGAAGGGAUUGUCCAUCAAUCGCCCACUAGUUUUCUUCCCCAUUCUUUCAUGUUUCUUCUUCCCCCAUUUAUGGAGUAUGUACUCAAGGUACUAGGGGUUUGAUCCCCAAAUCCUAGCUUCAGGUUUUAUCAGGGGUGGGAAACAGAAAAUGGGCAUUUGGGUAUACCCAUACUUCUCCCUUUUUUUUAGGAUUACGGGUACUCAAAUACCCUUAAUAUUGAUUACGGGAUUGGACUAUGAAUUUAGAGUUUUUACAUUGGAUACCCAUGAGUUUUUACAUUGGAUGCCCACGAGUUACUCGCUAAAAAGGAUAUUCUGGUUCUAUGUGGCGGCUUCACUUUUUUAGUUUUUCUAAUUUUGUUACUUCCCAUGUUGGACGGGUAUAUAUGUGUAGUUUGGGCACCCGUUAUUAGUCCCGUACGGGUAAUGGGUGCCUGUUAACUCAUAUCGGUUUGGGACAUGGGAUGGAGUUUUAUUUCCAAAUGAGAUUGGAUACCCAUUUCAAACGGGACGGGUACCCAAUUCCAUCCCGUUGCCAACCUCUAGGUUUUCUUAUUUAGAAGAAAUUUUGUUAGGAUUUGUGAAUGGAAUGUGUUUACCGAGGGUUUAUAAGAUUUUACCUGUGUUGAUUAUGCUUUGAAAUUUUCUUUCCACAUGCUUUUUAUGUUUGCCUAGUUGGGGUUUGAUUGAGGAGGUUGUGGAUCUGAGAAGUUUGCAUGUUAGUGUAGAUGAAUGAUUUAGGGGUCUAAUUGGUGGUCGAGGUGACCAUCCCCUGCCAAUUAGGAUGCCAACCUAGGUAAUGCUAGGGUGGUACGUGCGUGACCAUUUACAUAUCGAACUCGUGUGCAGAUAGGUGCAACCUCUUGAAAGGAAUUAAAUUGUAGCCCUAGUUCGUGAACCUGAUUGUGUGUGAGAUUGGGUCAGCGGAUCAGAUUAGGAAGGGAUCUAGUUGCAUGACCAUUGAGCUAGUUCUCACAUUAGUGAUUACCGUACUUUGUUCCCCACAAACCGAAAAAUUUAUCCUUUUGCAUGAUAGGCUAUUAGCUAGGGUGAGGCUGAUGCCCCGAGUACCAGCUUUUUAUCUAUGCUUUUGUCACCAGUUAUUUCCAUUUGUCCUCCAAGCCACCCUAAAACAUGAUCGACUAAAUAACAACCGAGUGAGAAGUAGCCUAAGCUAUCGAGACCCGUGGAAUACGACCUUGGUCAACCGGUAUACUGACAAUGCCAUCUUGAAUUAUACUUGGCUCAAGAUGGGAUAGUUAGUUCAAGUCGUGCAACCAAUUCUUAACGAGCACGGAGCAUCGACCAAGUUUUUGGCGCUGUUGCUGGAGAGUCUUAGGUUAUUAGUAAAAGUUGAGAACUACUAAUUUAAUCAUUUUGUUAUAAUCUUUGUGUGUUUUGCGCCAUGUUCUAGGUGUCAUUUAUCGUUUUUGUGUGUUUGUAUCUUGUUUUGUGAAUAUUGUGUUGAUGUAGUGUGUUUGUUAUGUGUUACUUUCUUUCUUGUAUUCUCCAAUGAUGAAGAGGUGCUUCAUCCCACACCACCAUCGAAAGCCAAAAGCACGGCAGACUUAGUCGUGGAAUGCUUCAACAUAAGAUACGAGCAUAUAGAUAUUAGUGAUCCUAUUCUUCCUUUGGGGUGUUUCCACAUAAGAUUUGAACAUGAAGUGGAGAGGAGAGGCAAAAAAUGGUGAAAGAUCAAGAAGAGAGCAAUGUUAAAUCUAAUGAAGACCUUGCUGAAGAAUGCUCUCAUCGGACAAAAAGAAGCAUUAAAGGAGGAAGAGAGCAAUGAUGAAGCUAUGAUGGGUGAAGAAGGAAGUAAUGAAGAGGAUGAGCUUGAGAUUCCACAUGGGGAAGACGUCACUCAAUAUACGAGAGAGAGGUGGUUGAAGAAUAAGAUGAUGAUUGUCUAGGGUUAAUCUGGGUUGGUGUUCUCGAAGAGGUAAUUCAUUUUGACCAAGGAAGGUCACCCGACAUCGAGAGGCUUCUAGUGCUGGAUCCUUUUUUGAAAUGUCUUUGUCAAAAUGAGGCCAACUCAUCAUUAAUUCCUCUUGGUGGAUGUGGUGAUGAACCUUCAAAACUACUCCAUUUGGUUCGAGGCAAAGAGAAGAAGAAAAGGGUUGAAGAGAGGUUUCAUUGGAGGUGUCUCAAGCAUUCUUGUCCACAUGAGCCUUCACCAAAUGAUCGGGAGACCGAUCAAGACUUGAGACUCGACUUCACCAAUGAAAACCUUAACUCCAAAGAAGUUGUAAGUUGGAUCGAGAACUUGAAGGCAAGCAUCCGGCGAUAAUACUUGAAAGACGCUCUCGUUGGUAGGUACCCCAACAAUCGGUUUGCAUUUCUUUUACCUUCUUCAAAAAUAAAACUUUCAUGCUUGAUCUUGUUUUUUGGAAUGUUUAUACUCUUGGAUAGUGAAUGACUACCUUGCCAUGCGAAGAAUUACAUGAAUGAUUGUUUGGAAUCUAUAUAGUUGCUUGAGAAAUGUUGUUGUUGUUACACAUGUGUGCUAGCCUACCAACUAAGUUACUUAGGUUAAGGGAAUGACAUGGCUAGUACAAUGGGAUCAUAGAGUGUACGUUUAUAAAUGUGUAUGUGCAUUUGUAGGCCUUGUUGGGUUUGAAUUGAAUGAGUUUAUGAAGUUUUAAUGUCGCUCACCAAGUGUACGAUGGAAUUCCCAAACCACAUAAAACUUGUUUAUCUGGAUCCAUUGCUUAUCAAAUGAACUUGAUUGAUUAAUAUAGACCCUUAGAAGUGUGUUUAUGACUUCAGAUUGAAUCAUUGAUGCACGAUCCUUGAGUUUGCUACUUUGGCUAAUUUUAUAUUUUGGGCUUUGGCAUGCUUCUAGAGCCGUGAGUUCAGCUGUUGGUUGUUGUCUAAUGAGUUGAUUCUAGAUUUUAAGGUAUAGAAACCUCCAGAAGGACAUGAUUCCCUUUUUCAUGCAUUUAGACCUCGCCCCUAGUCAUUAAAACAUGCAUUUCCACCUAUGCACAUCUAGUUUCUACACACGGUAACACUUAUGUGUGGGGGUGUGUAAAGUUGGACCUAAGGACAGAUUUUUAGUUGUUUCAAUUGAUCAAGUGUGUUGCUUAAUAGUAUGUUUGGACAUGUAUUGUGAUUUUUAUCUUAUAUAGGCGAUUCCACAAAGAGUAAGGGGUUUGUAGAGGACCUUAGCCCUGAGCAUUAUAUAGAAAGAAACAAGAACCCCCCUCAACGAGAAAAACCACAAAUAUCAGAAGAAGAACCAUAACCUCUAGUCGAGGAGCAACCACAAGAAGAACAACACUAAAAACUAUAAGUGCCAUCUAGAAGGACGAGAGAUUGAGUCCAAAAGGCGAAUGCUCAACUUUGGGAGAGCCAUUUCUCUACCCCUUUCUUUUUUAUCUUUCCAUUUGAAUAAUAUACUUUGUAGAAUGUUAGUAUUGUGUGCUUGUCCUUACUUUUUAUUUGAGUACUUAGUAUAAUUUUCUACUUAUAUUAAUUAAUACUUGUAUUGUUUAAGUUUUAUUUUAUGGAUGUGAAUUUUGUAUUUUCUUAGCUCCUUUCUCGUGGAUGUUUCACAAAAAUCGAACGCACCCACCUUACCCUUCAACCCAAAAAUCACUCAACUUUGACAAAUCGGUAAUCUCGUUCCCCUAUCCUUCACCCUUGCUCACAUUGGGGAUAGUGUGUUCCUUAAGUGAGUGUGUGUUGGGGGGGGGGGGGGGGGGGAGGUUGUGCAUAAAUGCUUGUGUAGAAGGUUUGCUAUCGACCACUUGUGUUAUGAAUGUGUGAAUUAUUGAACGAGAGAAAGUGUGCCUUGCAUAGUGAUUAUGGAUGAUGAUUUAGUAUAAUUCGACCACUUAGAAACUUGCAUGCAUGGCCAAUUUUUUUUCAAUUUUGAGGGCUCCAAGUUGCCUUCUUUGCUUGCAAUGCGAUUACUUGCUUUGGAUCAGUGAAUCUUGCACCCCACGUCCUGACCAAUGUUGAGGAUUGUAGUGCAUGGGAUGUCUUAAGUCAAAGUGGUUUUGUUUGAUUUCUUGAUGUAGGUGGGUAUGAGAAUGUUUGAAGAAUGAUUAGUGUUAGGUUUGCAUGUGAGAAAACCCUAUUUCUCUUGGUUAGGCCAUUAGAAAGGUGCUUGGUUCUGUGCUUUCUCGCAACAUGCGUACACAAAAAAAAAACUUUGGGUGCAGCGUCUAAUGCAACAUGUUGUGGCAACCCGUUCAGAUUAAUGUGAGUGCCUUUUGGGAUAAUGUACAUAAGAGAUUCAGAUAUUUUUGCCGCAUCCAAACUUCACCCUUUUCACUAUUUCCAUCCUCUCGUGUACCUCCCCCAUGGGCUGAGGUAUGUGUAGGAGAAACUACUCCUACUUGCCCGGCGAACAAGCACAAAAAAAAGUACCAUUAAAGUGCACAUACUCAACAACAGAUGAAUGACUACUAAAUCCCUCAAGCCAAAAUUCUAAAUAGAAAUAAAGGUUUUCGAGAAAGUGUAGAAAAAAUCCGAAAGAGUAGCGGUCCUUUCACCUGCCCUGAAGAGUUUUGUUUUGCACCUUGCGCCUAUCACCAUCAUUUUAGAACAUUUAUGGUGACCUUUCCCGAGUAAAUCAAGCAAGAUAAUGUAGAAGUGGGAUGACCUUAGCCACUAGAAACCAGACUCCUACAAAACACAUCAUGUGUGGGGAAUUUAGACGCCUCGAGUUGCAUGAUUUAAUCGUAUGUUUUCUUGGGGGCAAGAAAACGGUGUAAGUGUGGGAGAGUUGAUACACCUAAAAUAGGUAAUAUUUAGCCCUCAUUCUCAAGGUGUUUGCGUGCUGAAUUACAGUGUCUAGGACACAUGUCAAGCUAGUUUAGGCCUAUUUUUGUCCUAUUUGCAAAACAUCCAUUUUGGCAUGGGUUAGCUUGAUAUGAAGGUUUUAUGGGGAAAUCGACCCAAGGACACAUGUCAAGCUAGUUUAGGCCUAUUUUUGUCCUAUUUGCAAAACAUCCAUUUUGGCAUGGGUUAGCUUGAUAUGAAGGUUUUAUGGGGAAAUCGACCAAACUUUGUUGUAUUUUAUGAUUUUUUCAGUGUUUGUCAUGAAAUUCCAAGUCUUAUAUUCAUCUAGGAUUGAUUGGGAAUAGGGAUGGUAAUGACACCCAUAGCCGCGGGUACCCAACCGCCCCCGACCCGGUCAAAGCGGGGAAUCCCAGCAUUGAAUGGGUAUGAGGCGGAUAUGGGUAAAACCCUCAAAAUAUUUGAUGGGUAUGGGGGCGAGUAUGGUUUUAGCCUCCCCACCACAUACCCAUAACUCAUACCCGCCCCAUCAAAAGCAUUUCUUCACAUAUAAAUAAUACAUGGAUAAAAUUGUAACCUAUCAAUGAUAGUGAGUGUAACUCAAGAAAAUAAAUAGUAGAAAUGUAAAUGAGCGGUCACCCAAAUCAAAACCUAAUACCUUUUCCUCAACUCUCCAUUCACUCUUUCACUUUUUUCCUCGUGUUAACAAGAUUAUUUUAGUUAGUUAUUACUUAGUAGAUGUAUCAUAGCCAAAAUAAUGAUGUGGAUUGUUUUGUACUCUCUUAUGGAUUAAUGGAGGUUUUAGGAUAAGGUGUUUUGAACCGUAUUAAGAACGAUUGUCUCUUUGUAGACUUCAUGAUAUAGUAGGUGCAUUUAGUGUUAUAAUUUUUUACUUACAUGUAAAUUUUUAGGUAUUAUACUAUUGGAUGUACGUGGCAUAUAUUACCAAUGGGUACCCGAAACCCACGGUUAUGGGGAUAAGUUUGCAAAACCUUCCCCCACAUGAGUAUUGGGUGGAUAUGUAUUUGGAUAUUUGAAAGCGAGGGUGGGGAUGGUUUAGACAAAACCGCCCCAAAGUCCCCACAUUGCCAUCCUUAAUCGGGAAUUGAUUAGAGUUCAUCCAAGCACGAUUGCGAAGCUUAGGAGCAAGAAGGGAGAAAAAACACAGAUCACAGCCACAUCACGACCGUGACCAGGUAGUGACUAAUGCAGUCAAAAUCGCACUUUAAAGCUUAAAAACUUAUAUGUUUAUGCGUCUAGGUCGCCAAAACACUUCUAUGCAAAAUCACAGUUUUUAUAACUAAUGUAGUUAAAAACGCGCUUUAAACUUUAAAAGCUUACGGUUUUACACUUUUAGAGCACCAAAAUGCUUCUAUGUAGAAACGCGCUUUUGAAUACAUUCGUAGUGACUAUGUUCGCGGUCUUGAACAGUAGUCGCGAACUUCAGCAAGCAGCCAACAAAGAGGGCAUAAAGUUUCGACACUCAAAUCGUGGGCAAGGGGCUUUUCGACCGCGAAAAAGAUUGCGAUCGUGAUUCAUGUUGGAGGUUGCGAUAUCAGAACUUGAAGACGAUGACAAUACACGAAUUUUUGGGCGAUUCAGCUCUGUUUUAGCCUAGUCACGACCUGGUCACGCCUAGGUCAUGUAUGUGACCAUCGAGUCACACCCUUGAGGUUGUGAUCUGACUGUAUAAUUUAUAAACACACAUUUUCUGCACUUGACGAAGGAGAGUUGGCCUAGAGUGAGAAAUUAGAGUUGUUGGGUAGUUUUUAGAGAGGGAAACACCUUGAGAGAGCUUGGGAAAGGUCCAAUCCGUCCAAGGAUCAACGAGAAGGUGCAAUGCAAGGAGAACAAGAUGAUUCCAAGCAUUUCUCCUCUUUUUAUUUUGUAUUUUCUUUCUCUCUAUGACUUGAAUCCCUAUGUUUGUUUUGGGAAGAUGAACCCUAGCUUAUGGGUCAUGUGUAUGAAUGAUUAUGAACCUAUAAUCUAUGUCUAAUUGAUCUUUGUGCAUGAGAAUCUUUUACUUUAUUGUGAUUGACUUGUUCUUGACCUAGGAGAGAUAAACAUCCUCUUAGAUUUAGAUUGGGGCAUACACCAAUUAGUGUGGGAUUGUCUAUAUCCCAUUUGCUUGUUUGCAACCUAGGGUUUAACUAGAGUUCUUAAUACUUCUAAUUAGGGUUUAGAUGUGUGUGAAUGCUUCUUACCAUGAUUGGUUGAUUUAGAGAUCUAGCUAGAGGUCGAGGUGAACACCCCCUUCUAGUUAGAUUCUCACCUAGUUGAUCCUUUCGGGUAAGUGCAUGACCAUCGACUUACCCGACUUGUGUGCGGACGUAUAUAAUCCGUUUAGAGGAGGUAGAACCAAAUUCCUAGUUGGGUAGACCGCUUGAGGUGACAUUGGAUUGGUUCACCUAGCUAGGAGGGAGACCGAUUGCAUGCAUUGAGUCGAUCCCCACCUUCAUGAACAUAGAGUAGGUGCACUUCGACUUUAAAAAUAUAAAGCUUGACCCGCACACAUGUCAAAUUUUCAAUGUGAUUUGCUUGAGGACAAGAAUAAAUCUAAAGUUUGGGG